CAGGGCACAAAGUACAACUGCACUACGUACAAUGCUACAAGCCAUUUUGUCAUCGAACUGUGACUGACAUCGGUCGGUGCGCGGGUGCAGGCGCAGCUUCCGCCGCUGGCUCGCCGGGCUGCCCCGGCUGCCCCGGCGCGUCGGCUGGGGACGGUCGGGGAGCCACAGCCGCCAUGCGACGUUGUACCACGCGCCCGCUCAGCCGCCGCCUGGUGCUGCUGCUGCUGGUGGUGCUGGUGGUGCUGCUGGCGAUGCUGCUGCUGGACAAGCCCACAAACAAUCCUUGGCUCACAGGCAUGGCUAGCUGGACCAACAUCCCGGACACCAACAAAGCACACUGGCCACCCUUCGGCGAUUACCACCACCAGUCCAACAGCAAGUAUGUCAGGGCAGCUUCGCUGGAGGCUGCUCCUCACUCUUCACGCGCGGCUCCCGCAGCAGCUACGCCCACCCAGCCGUCGCUGGUCGGUGCCGUCCCCGGUCCACCUGCGCAGGGGCAGCCGGACCCUGAGCGGUCCGGUCCACCUGCGCAGGGGCAGCUGGACCCUGAUCGGCCGGUCGCCGUCGAGGCCACUGCGGUCAUGAGCCAGUCCCUGACGCAAGAGCCGCCGCUGCCCGCGGCGCCCUUCGAGGAGGCGCUGCGGGUCGUCCGCCAGGGUCUGGAGACGGACAACAGCACUAUGGCGAUACCGCUGGCGGCUUUCACGGGCCGUGCCGUGGCCGACGCCGCGGUGCGCAAGGUGCUGGUGGUGUCCACGUGGAGGAGCGGCAGCUCGUUCCUCGGCGACAUGCUCGCCUCGCAACCCCUUGCGUUUUACCUGUUCGAACCGCUGUUACUGCUCAAGUCUGCCGAAGCUGCCACCGGCGUCGCGACCAGCGCCGAGCGUCGGGUUGCCAUGCUCGGCCAGCUCCUGCGCUGCGACUACAGCGGGGCGACGAAGGAGCGCAGAGAGCUGGAGCUCGUACACGGCAGCAGCGUCAGCAUCCGGGAGGCCUGCAGACGCUUCCCGGACGCCUGCGCCAGCCGACGCUUCCUCGAGGCCGCCUGCGCCAUGCACCCCGUGCGCAUCGCCAAGACGGUGCGCAUGCGGAUGCGCUACCUGGAGCCGCUGCUGCGCGAGGAGCCGCGGCUGCGCGUCGUGCUGCUCGUCCGCGAUCCGCGCGCCGUCGUGCGUUCGCGCAGACGGAUUGCCUGGUGCCAGAACCAGUGCGCGUCGAUAAGCUCUCUGUGCGCCUGGCAGGAGGAGAGCCUGCUGGAGGUGCAGCAGCUCGAGCGCCAGUUCCCGGGUCAGUUGCUUACCGUGCGCUACGAGGAGCUGGCGCAGAGCGUAGCGCACGGCGCACGCCGCCUGUUCGCGUUCUUGGGUGUGCCUCUGGAGGAAGCGAGCGUGCGCUUCCUGCUGCAGCACUCCGGCCAGGAGAGAGAGGUGGCAGAGGUGCUACUGGGCAGGCCCGGCCGGCCGCUCGCGCAAAACGCCGACCGCUUGAGCGCCAACCGGGGAAAGGCGCACAGUUCGGUCAAGAACUCGCUGCAGGUCGCCAACGAGUGGAGGCGGACAAUGGGUCUGACGGCGGUGCGCGUCAUCCAGCGGCAGUGUAAGGGAGCUCUCGGCCUACUGGGCUACCGGCGGUUUGAGACUCAGGCUGAGCUUAGAAACCUCACUCUACCUCUGGAAAGUUGACGUGGGUUAUGUGGCGCACAUGGGCGCAAUGAUGCCGUUGCAGAUGUAAAGCACCAGGCGUGUUCACAGCAAGCGUCAGACGCAUUUGGUCUCGCGCCUUUCCUUACCGGAUGUUGUGAGCACGCGUUGGACGCACCAUUUAAUUCGUUGCGUCUUGCGUACCGCUUAGCGGAGCAUAUGGCCAUAUCGAUGUGUGAACCCGGGUGCGUGUUCCACUCAGCGGGUGGUUUGUGUUCCACAGCACUGGAACCCCACCAGCGGAGUCGGCUAAUGGUGGUUGGCGGGCGGUGCAAAUAAUGCUACUAUUUAAGCUUGA